AUGGUGUUUUCCUGGCGAGGAGGCUUCGAAGCUCGGCGCCUGCUGCUCUCGCUUCUGCUCCUCGCAGCAUGGGAGACGGGGAGCGGCCAGGUCCAUUAUUCGGUCUCUGAGGAAGCCAAACACGGCACCUUCGUGGGCCGCAUCGCCCAGGACCUGGGGCUGGAGCUGGCGGAGCUGGUGCCGCGUCUGUUCCGGGUGGCAUCCAAAGGCCGCGGGGAACUUCUGGAGGUAAAUCUGCAGAAUGGCAUUUUGUUUGUGAAUUCUCGGAUCGACCGGGAGGAGCUGUGCGGGCGGAGCGCGGAGUGCAGCAUCCACCUGGAGGUGAUCGUGGACCGGCCGCUGCAGGUGUUCCAUGUGGAAGUGGAGGUGAAGGACAUUAACGAUAAUCCACCGGUGUUCAGAGGAGAACAAAAGGUACUUAUUUCUGAAUCUGCUCCUCUGGACUCUCGUUUUCCUCUAGAGGGCGCUUCCGAUGCGGAUAUCGGCCUAAACUCUCUUGUGACCUAUAGGUUAAGUCUAAAUGAGUAUUUUACUCUUAAAGUGAUAACGAAAACCGAUAAAAAUAUAUUGCCUGAACUCAUUCUUCGGAAGUCAUUGGAUAGAGAAGAAAUGCCAGAACUUAAUAUAUUGCUGACCGCUCUGGAUGGUGGUAAACCCGAACUAACAGGAUCUGUUCAGAUUCAAAUAACCAUCCUGGAUGUUAAUGACAACGCUCCCGAGUUUGAUACGCCUGGCUAUAAAGUAGUGCUGUUUGAAAAUAUCCCAAACAACACCAGAGUGAUUCAACUAAACGCUUCUGAUCUAGACGAAGGAUCAAAUAGAGAAAUUUCCUAUGGAAUCAGAAUGAUUCUGCCAGUGAGUGAGAAAUGGAUUCCUUCUAUGGCAGGUCACUGCACGGUCCUGGUGGAAGUUCUGGACCUGAAUGACAAUACCCCCGAGGUAAUGAUCACUUCGCUGUCGCUCCCAGUGCGAGAGGACGCUCAGGUGGGCACCGUCAUCGCCUUGAUCAGCGUGUUCGACCAUGACUCCGGCGCCAACGGGCAGGUGACCUGCUCAUUAACACCCCAGGUCCCUUUCAAGCUGGUGUCCACCUUCAAGAAUUACUAUUCGCUGGUGCUGGACAGCGCCUUGGAUCGUGAGAGUGUGGCGAACUAUGAGGUGGUGGUGACAGCGAGGGACGGGGGCUCGCCUUCGCUGUCGGCCACAGCCAGCGUGUCCGUGGAGGUGUCCGAUGUGAACGACAACGCGCCCGCGUUCGCGCAGCCCGAGUACACGGUGUUCGUGAAGGAGAACAACCCGCCCGGCUGCCACAUCUUCACGGUGUCGGCGCGGGACGCGGACGCGCAGGAGAACGCGCUGGUGUCCUACUCGCUGGUGGAGCGGCGGGUGGGCGAGCGAGCGCUGUCGAGCUACGUGUCGGUGCACGCGGAGAGCGGCAAGGUGUACGCGCUGCAGCCGCUGGACCACGAGGAGCUGGAGCUGCUGCAGUUCCAGGUGAGCGCGCGCGACGCGGGCGUGCCGCCUCUGGGCAGCAACGUGACGCUGCAGGUGUUCGUGCUGGACGAGAACGACAACGCGCCUGUGCUGCUGCUGCCCGGGCCGGGCGGCGGGGCGGGCGCUCUGAGCCAGCUGGUGGCUCGGUCGGUGGGCGCGGGCCACGUGGUGGCGAAGGUGCGCGCGGUGGACGCGGACUCGGGCUACAACGCGUGGCUGUCGUACGAGCUGCAGCCGGCGGCGGGUGGCGCGCGCAGCCCGUUCCGCGUGGGGCUGUACACGGGCGAGAUCAGCACGACGCGCGCCCUGGACGAGGCGGACGCGCCGCGCCAGCGCCUGCUGGUGCUGGUGAAGGACCACGGCGAGCCGGCGCUGACGGCCACGGCCACCGUGCUGCUGUCGCUGGAGGACAGCGGCCAGGCGCCCAAGGCCUUUUCGCGGGCGUCGACGGGCGCCGCUGGCGCGGAGGCCGCUCUGGUGGAUGUGAACGUGUACCUGAUCAUCGCCAUCUGCGCGGUGUCCAGCCUGCUGGUGCUCACACUGCUGCUGUACACGGCGCUGCGGUGCUCGGCGCCGCCCAGCGAGGGCGCGUGCGGGCCCGGGAAGCCCACGCUGGUGUGCUCCAGCGCGGUGGGGAGCUGGUCUUACUCGCAGCAGAGGCGGCAGCGGGUGUGCUCUGGGGAGGGGCCGCCCAAGGCAGACCUCAUGGCCUUCAGCCCCUGUCUUCCACCGUCAGGAGAAGAUUGUUUAAGUCCUUCCAGUGAAGUAAGUCCUUGAUAUCAUUUAAGUAUAUUAGUCAUUUUGAACUUUUCAUGUAUUAGCCCAACUUUUCAAGUAAUAAUAAAUAAUGAGAUAAAGAUGAAAUGGAAGCCAUGGAUCACCGCAUUUAAAAUUUUUCCCGUUCUAUAAUUUUCAUAUUGUCUAUGAAUG